GUGAUACCGUACCCGACGCACGAGGACGCAGAGCUGGUGCGAAAAGUCAUUACUGUCGAUCGAGAGCUCAAGCCGCACGAGGUGCGCAAAGAGUGGUCGGUUGAAGAUGCGCCGCAGGCCACGGCGUCCUCGGACACAGCGCCGGUUGGGACAGGGGCAGGAGCGAUCUUGAAGAUUAUGAUCCAUGCAGCGACUACGCGUUCCAUGCGACUGAAUGUGAAUGCAGUGUUGGAAGAUAUUGCACUCAUCACACGCUCCAUCGCCGCGUUCGACCCGGAACGGAUGCAACGGGCAGCGAACGAAGGGCUCGAGCUCGGCAGUGUAGGGAGAGCAGGGUAA